CGACUCGGGUCCGUUCCGUUGGUUGGAUGCUGCAAAAAAGUACAAAAUAAAGUAAAAAGGACAAAAAAAAACAGAUAAAAAAAGCAACAACAAAAGAAUAAAAUAUGUGUGACAUUAUAGUGAAAACUCCCUAACACCCUCGAGUGAAAAUUGAACAAAAUUUAUCGACGGGUGGUAAAAAAAAAAUAUAUCUUAAGCUCUGAAAUAAUGGCUGGUAAAGAGGAGGAUCGUUGGCAAAACCGGAAAGGCACUGGAUGGUUAAAAAAAAUUAUGAGAAAAAGAAUACCGAUUACAUCAUGGCUUCCAAAAUACAAUUCGGAUAAAUUGAUCUGCGAUGCUAUCGCUGGAGUGACAGUUGGUCUUACCGUCAUGCCUCAGGGUCUGGCCUACGCCACUUUAGCGGGUCUUGAACCUCAGUACGGGCUUUACUCAGCUUUUAUGGGUGCGAUAGUGUACGUUGUUUUUGGCUCUUGCAAAGAUAUAACAAUCGGACCCACCGCUUUGAUGGCACUCAUGACUUAUCAAUACGUCCAGGGUAGAAAUGCCGACUUUGCUGUUCUCUUGGCAUUUUUGUCCGGCUGUUUACAGUUGCUGAUGGCCGUCCUACGACUGGGCGUCCUGAUCGACUUCAUUUCGGUACCGGUAACCGUAGGUUUUACUUCAGCUACUUCGGUAAUCAUAGGAACUUCGCAGCUGCCUGCAUUACUCGGAUUAAAAUUCAAAAGCUCCGGCGGUUUUCUGGAUAAUUUGGUGAAGAUUUUUCAAAAUCUUGGAAACACUAAAAAAUGGGACGCUAUCAUGGGUGGAGUUUGCAUCGUGAUUUUACUGUUGUUGAGGAAACUAAAAGACAUAAGACUGACACAUGGGAAUGAAAAGCCAACGGACAAACAGCAAUUGGCGAUGAAGAUUAUGUGGCUCAUUUCUACGUCACGUAAUGCAAUUAUCGUUAUUGUUUGCUCCGUAAUAGCAUAUCAAUUGAAGUCCUCGGGUCAUGGAACGCCUUUCGUAUUAACUGGGACAGUACGUUCUGGCCUGCCCGAAUUUUCCGUGCCACCUUUUUCUACUAAAAUCAACAACCAGACUUUAAGUUUCAUUGAAAUGUGUUCGGAACUUGGAUCGGGAAUAGUCCUGGUUCCCAUUAUCGCUGUUCUCGGGAACGUUGCUAUCGCUAAAGCCUUUGCAAGUGGGGAUAGCAUGGAUGCUACCCAAGAACUUCUAACUUUGGGGAUCUGCAAUGUUCUCGGAUCAUUCGCUAGCUCAAUGCCUGUCACAGGCUCCUUCAGUCGAUCGGCUGUCAAUCACGCCAGUGGCGUGAAAACUCCUAUGGGAGGGCUCUACACGGGAGUUAUGAUACUCUUGGCCUUGAGCCUGCUCACUCCGUACUUUUACUUCAUACCAAAGGCGUCUUUGGCUGCGGUUAUCAUCUGCGCUGUGAUUUUUAUGAUAGAAUACGAGGUGGUGAAACCGAUGUGGAAGACGAGCCGAAAGGAUCUUGUACCAACUUUCGUAACUUUUUUAGUCUGUCUAGUUAUCGGAGUGGAGUAUGGUAUCCUCGUUGGAGUUGGGAUAAACUUGAUAUUUUUACUUUAUCCUUCGGCCCGUCCCACUAUACACGUUGAAAAAUGUGUCACAGAUUCUGGCGCGGAAUACCUUUUAGUAACGCCUGGGAACAGCUUAUAUUUUCCUGCAGUAGAUUUUAUUAGACAAUCCGUUGGAAGGGCGGCCAGAAGAGAAGGAUGUAGUCAAUUACCUGUCGUCGUGGAUUGCAGGUUCGUCUUGGGGGCAGAUUUCACAGCUGCAAAGGGGAUAGCUGCGCUGAUAAAUGAACUUAACAACCGCAAGCAAGGAUUAUAUUUCUAUAAUCCUCGGGCGGACGUAGUCGCAGUCCUAAGAGGUGCUUGCGGUGAAGAUUUUCAGCAUGUUUCUACCCAGGAAGAACUGGCUUAUUUGCUGUACUCGAAUCCAGACAAAUCUAGACAACUUUUAGAAGUGAAACAUGAUGAAUCUCAACCUUUAGCUUCCGCCAAUCCAGAACUCACACAUCGAGGUCAGUCUUCCCACGAGCUAAACGAGGUGACGACGACCCUUCUCAAUGACAACAUCGGCUGAAGCGGAGCGUAGAGAUUCAUGUCCGUUUUGUUUUGUACCAUUUCAUUUGAUCUGUUGACCUCUCUUUCUUUCAACUAGACCAUUUUGCGACGUCAUGUGCCGACUAUGAAACUGAAAAAUUCGCAUUUCAUUUCGUUGUGGCUGAUUGUGAGUUUUAUUCUGAAAUAAAAUCCAGUUAUUUCAGCAAAUGAAUGUUAGCGAAUUGCAAAUCGCAUUGCCGUCUCUAUGCUCAAAUUAUUGUUUGGUGCAAGAUGAGAAUUAAGACUUGAAUACCUAAUACGAAGUAUAGAUUACGAUCAAUUUUCUAAAAUAUUCUUACAUAUACUUUACGAGAAAAAAAAGUGUUCAGCUUCACAUGGUAGAAAGAAGCAUGGCCGAUACGGUUGUACUUAUUGAAUCAAUUGAUCGAAAAAAUUUGCGAAUUUUAAAACAUGAGAAAAAUUUUGUACAUUUUUGAUACUACGACAAUUUUAAAUCAGUAUUUCUCAUCUUAUCGUAUACGUAUGUAACUAUCAUCAUUUUAUUUUUUUGUAUAGAAUUUCAUUCUCGAUUUUUGUUUCGUUUUUUCUUUGUCGAAUUUAGAGUAACCAGAAAGAUCUGAGACCUGAAACUAUUUUUAACAAGGCCGAAGAAGCUCGCUAGGAUUCAUGACCUCAAUUAUCGUUAAGUCUUGUAAUAAUACUGAUUCAAAAUAUUGGGUUAAAAAGAGAUUUCGAAAAAUCUGCGGCUUAACGUUUUACUCAUCAUCAAUUGUAUUCACUCUAAUUUCCACGCGGAAAUAAUGAGGUAUACAAAUGUUUUUUUUAUAUAUUAAUGAAAUUCUGAAAUCAUGUCUCCCUAUAAUCUGCAGUAGUACAAUUCUAUACCUAGAAUAUCAUUAUUACUAUUACUAGUGCUAUAACGUUAUCAUUACCCUGACAAGUUACCAUUCAAAACAAGGAUUAUUGUACCAGUAAUAUAUUAUAUGAAUAUUUUAAAAAUAAUUAAUCGAUAUUACAACACGGUAUGUGUGUGUUUAUAUUUUUAUUUCCUCAACUUAUUUUUUUUUUGUUUAAUUGAACUCAUCAAUUUAUUAUAAUACAAAUAAGAGACAAGUUUUAAAUACCUACCUCGUUGUUCAAUUAGUACGGGAAGUACAUAAAUUUGAGUGAUUUGAAUCACAUAAGUAAUUAAAAGAAUCUGUAUAGCUUAGACAUACAUAUAUGUAUAAUAAAUUAUAUCUCAAUUAUGUUUA